AUGGAAGAGGGAUAUGAGAUUAGGGAAGAGAAGGAGAUGUUUGAUUGGCUUGAAGGGAAUUUACUUAAAGUCUUGGGUGAAAGAUCAGUUGAUGAGGGUUUAAAAUUUACAUAUUUGAUGGGUUCAGUUGAAUCUUUCUCCAGAAUCAAGUCAUGUCCUUUGUAUUCUGCAUAUGUUCUUUUUGAUCUGGUGGAUCAAUUUCAGUCGGUGGUGUAUUAUGAGAAAUCUCUGAGGCACGCCAAAAAAGCUCUGGAUUUUCUUGGCUCGCUGAUCAGGAUACCGGAGAACACGGCUUCGUUACCUGAAUUGCUACUUCAUCAGAAGUUUCUUGGGUUCAAGAUUGCAAAUUUAGAAGACAGAAUUGCUGCAGGUCUUGUUCCAGAGAUGCCCGUUGGUCCUCCUCCUCUCAACAGAUGUCGUAUUGGGCAGGUUCAGGAUACGGAGGAUGAUGCGAGAAUGAGGUUGUCUUGGUUACGUUUGGAUGAUGGAUCCAGAAGGGGCUUUAUGAAGGUUAGAAUCGCUGAUUUCAAGACCUAUGUGGAGGCCAAAACUGAUGGAGGAGACGAUUUGGAGAAGGUUCUUGGAUAUCUUAAGAAGAAAGAAAAGUGGGUAGCAUGGAUUUGUCGAACUUGUGAAACGAGGUUCUCUACUCGUGAUGAAUGCAAGCAUCAUAUUGAACAAGAGCAUUCUUCAGGAUCUUCAAGAAAGCAUAGGCCCCAGAGGGAUCAUGCCUGGGCAAACAAGAUACGGUUUGGAAGUUGGGAACCUGUUGAUGCGGUAGCUGCAGUUCAAAUGAUCCGCAAUCGAUUUGCAGAUGUGAAAGCGUUUGCAUAUCAGGAUGGAUGGUGCAAAGACUGGCCUUUAGCUACGGAUGUCGAGCGCAGUGCUCUACUCCAAGGAAUCCGAUCACUACUUGUAACCUUCAUUGAACACAAGGUACUUGUGUCAGAUUGCUUUCGAGAGAGGGUGAUACAUUCCUUGGUUAAAGAACUUGACGUUUCCAGAGAGAAACUAAGUGACUGUCGCCUACUGGAAACACCUCAGAGCAUCUGUUUUCUGGCGAGUAAUGAACUCAACAUGAUCCUUGUCUUUCUACGAAAGAUCAAGUGUAAUAGGGAUGAUGAUGGUACCAAGGUUGUUUGCAGAGCAGUGGACACUCUGUGGCAGAGUACUAGGUUUAAAGAAAGAAUCGACGUUGACCCUCAUUUGUCAUUUCUACUUCUGGAUAAGAGACUGCUAAGAGGCCAGGUUAAACAUUUUGACGAUGAAGGGAAAGUAAAUUUCAUUGAACCCAAUGCUCACUGCGCCAGAGUAAGGGUUCCUCCCCGUGAGCAGGGCCAUGGCAUGUUGACUUGGUUACAAGACCGAUUUCCGGGUGUUGAUGGUUUUGCUUUUCCCAAAUCGGUCUUUACGCACAACUCUGAUAUUUGGGUGGCUGUUAUGAGAGGAUUCAACUUCAACGGUAGGACUUUGGAGAGCAAACAUGCAAAGAGAUUGGCGUUAGUUGGAUAUUACGAAGCACUUACCACAGCAAGGCAACUGUGUCAAACUGAGAGCGAUAUGAAGCCUAACGGAGUGAAACAAUUUGGAGCUCUUCUUCUAAGCGAGCAAUGUAAAAAGAAUGCCACUAAGGAGUCAUUCAUCCGUGCUGUACAAGAUGUUAUGAAAGGAUCAGCGUUCCAGGCAUUGGAGGAUUGUCCAGAUUUAGAGUAUGUUCGCAAAGCCAAUGCUGAACUCAUGAGCAAGAUCGAGUCUUUGCAAUUAAACGUGAUGGAAAAGGUGGCUUUGAUCGAUUGCAGCAUCUUUCUCGUUGAGGAUUCCACUAAGAAGCUGCUGGAAUGUCUCACUGAUUUAGCUUUCUUUGAUUACCGUUCCUACAUUUCUACUCCACUCAAGAAGUAUUUGGUUGAUUCUCUACUUGGUAGAGAAUAA